AUGGGCAGACGAAGAGGGAGAGGGAAGAAGCAAACCACUGUCAGGAGCCAUGAAGACAAAGGUAGCAGCGGUGAAGAAGUCGUGCCUGCAAAGAAGAGGAGGGGAAGGCCCCAAACGCGCUUCGCCAGUAAGAUCGAUCAAGCAGAUGUUGAAAACUUUGUAGAACAGGUCGAUGCCGACCAAGAAGAAGCUGACGAUGCCAAGCUAAAGAACAGUGCUGCAGCUGGUGGUCCCAAGAGAGUCAGACUGCUGAAAGAGCGCUCCAAUAUUGCCAUAGAAAAUACUAAUUCUACUGUUCGAUUAAGCAGUGAUGAAUCAACGAGGACCAAUGGGUUCAGGCAGAUUGGGAGCCGACGGAAAAACAAGCCCAGGCGAGCAUCGGAGGCAGGGCUAGAAUGCAAGUGAACCGUCCCUGCAUUUUUCAGUACAAGGUAGCAUCCAUUUUUUUGCUACAUUUGUCAUGUUCGGUAGCUCCCGGUGCUAGAAAAACAAAAUGUAAACUAGCAUGUUCUGAUUGCAUGCCUCAGUUUUUUUAUUGACACAAAGUGUAUGAACUGAUGGUACACCAACUUGUUCAGCUGCUCUAGGCCCUGGUUCUGUUUGAGCUGCUUGUAGCAGACAUCUUACCUUUCAGUUUACCA